AUGGCUGUCUCUCCUUGCUGCCUUAAAGCCUUCGAAUGGGACGGUACUCCCUCUGGUCAUGAGGGAACCCUUGCCAACAGAAACAGUUACAUCACUGGCCAAAAUCCCCACGUGGCGGUGUUAAUCAUUCAUGAUAUCUUCGGGUGGACAUUCAGCAACGUACGCCUCCUCGCUGAUCACUAUGCUCGGGAAGCAAGUGUCACUGUCUACGUCCCAGAUUUCUUCGGGGGCGAAGUACUUCCGCAAGAACCUCUCCUCGCGGGUCGCCUUCAUGAACUUGACCUCGACACAUUCCUUUUAAACAACUCCCGAGAGGUCCGUGAGCCGGAGAUAUUUGACUGUGCCAAGGUCUUGCGGCAAAGACACAAAAAGGUCGCUGCUGUGGGGUUCUGUUUCGGGGGCUGGGCUUGUUUCCGCCUCGGCGCAAGGGAGCACGCAGUUAACGGCAGCCCCUUGGUGGAUUGUAUAUCUGUCGGUCAUCCUUCCUUCCUGACGGAAAAGGACAUCGACGAGAUAGCUGUUCCAGUCCAGGUGCUGGCUCCUGAGCUAGAUCCUAUGUAUACCGCCGAGCUUAAAAUGUACACCUUGAAGACUCUUCCCAAGCUGAACCUGUCCUGGGACUAUCAGUAUUUCCCCGGUCUUGAGCAUGGCGCUCUAACUCGUGGUGACCCGAAUAAACCUGGAGAGCGAGAUGGAAUGGCCAGGGCCAAGGAAGCCGUUGUCAGCUGGCUGAAGGUAUUAGUACAGGGAUAA